GAAAAACAUAAAUGAAAAAUUUUGUGAAAAAUUGUAUUAUUUAGCAGAAAAUAGUAAAAGUGUUAAAUAAAUAGGAUAUUUAAGCAAAAUUAUGUUUAAUUCAGCUAUUAAACAUUUAAAUUUUGUAAAAAGUAUUUGUUAAAAAUCAACAACAACAUGAAUAUAAGACCCAGAUGUCGUGAAUGGCUGCCUUUAAGUACGCAGCAAUUGAGAUUAAGGAACCUUCAAGCAAUACAAGGCGUUAAUAUUGAAAUCAAAACGACGACAAAAGCCAACAGUUCCAACGCAUCCACACAGACGUUGUUGUAUUAUACACUACAUGAUCAUCCAGAAAAUGAGCCAUUCUAUCAGAGUGAGAAGGUGGCCUUAAGAAAGCAUUUACAUGUGAAAUGGGCGGAGAUACAAUGUCCAGAGAUACUAAAGUCCAAUGCUAAUUGUGUUUGUAUUAAAAUAUGGGCCUGCAUUAAGAAGACUGACUAUGUAGAUAACAUAAAAAAUGACGAGGAGCCCUUAGAAUCGAGGCCAGAACAACAGCAGCAACAAGCAGAGGAAGAGAAAACUACUUUGCUAAGAACAAAGAAAAUUAAGGAACCCAUGAGUGCCUUAACGCGGGAAUUUGUUAAAUUCCAAAAGUUGCCCCGACCCUCAGACGCUUUACUCUUCAGCUGGGCUAUUUACUUUUCCGGUCUAAUUCCCCUGUCUCAAAAUACCGAAGUCAAGUGUUGUGAAAAUUCUUUGAUUUUUCAAAUGAAUGAUGAGUACUUUGCUUCGCCGGAAUUGUUCAAUACGGAAUGUUUACGUCAACAAUUGGCCUUAAACUAUGAACGUUACUCGGCCAGUGUGCCAAAGUGUAGCAUACCCACACCGGAUGAAUUUACUAUAAAUUCACCACAAGUUUCGCGUAGCUCUAGUCCAGUUGCUGUUGACUGGCAAAAGGAUUUGCUGCGCAUGUCCAAGACUCGUUACGUCCAGUUGAACUGUGUACGUUCGGAGGUCAGGACCAGUUACGAUUUAAUGAAAUUGUUAAGAUUGCAACAAUUGCAAAGACAACGUCUGCAAACACAGCGCGAAAGUGUGGAGAUGACGGCCGACAUUAAACGUUUAAGUUUAAGAUGUAUAACCAAAGAACAACUAUUGAGAAAACCACGUACGACUUCGAUAAAUUCAUCCUCGUCAUCGUCUGCCUCAACUGCCUCUCAGUAUCAUUCCAUGGGCCGGACGCUAAGUCUUCUGCUGGCCGAACAGCAGCACAUAGAUCCUCAUCAAUUGCUAAGAGCGCAACAGCUGCAACUCCAAGUGGAGUCACUGAAAAGUAAACAGAGACUUUUGCUAAGUGCUCAGGAAACCUUUUCAAAACGUAUUACCCAAUUAAGGCAGCAAUUAAAUGCUGCCACUACGUCGCGUCAGCAAUUGCAAACUUGGUUAACAGCAAGACGUCGUAAACUACACGAGGAUAAGUUGGAAUUGGAAAAUUCUUUAGUUCAGCAAUUGGAACGUCGUCAUCGUCGGCGUUCAGUUACACAACAUGUAGAACGGGUAAUGUCCUCUUUGUGUUUAGAGCUACGGGACAUUUAUCCUAUAGCUCGUAAUCGUUUUGGUCUCUAUACAAUCUGUGGUGUACCCUUUCCUACAAUGGAUGGCUAUGUUUCGGAUUCACUCAAUGCUCAAAGUGUACAUAUAUCAGAGAAUAUAACACCAAUGGCUUUGAGUGCAUCCUUAGGGUAUGUGGCCCAUUUAGUUGAAAUGAUUUCUGUUGUUCUCAACAGACCUUUAAGAAAUCCCAUUAUACAUGAAGGUUCACGUACUCGUAUUAUGGAUGUUAUCAAAGAUAUACCUUCGUAUACAUCAAGAGAAUUUCCUCUCUACAGUCGAUCCUCCAUACCCACGAAACCAGUCAAAUAUGCAGUAAAUUUAUUAAAUCAAAAUAUUUCUCAAUUGUGUUUCGAUAUCUGUGGUAUACGCUGUGAUAUGCGUGCUACCAUUGAUAAUUUACUAAAUAUAUUUGCCACCUUUGUGCAAAUCGAGCAAAAUAAACGUGAAAUACAUUCACGUACACGAACUUUAGCUGCAAAACGUUUAACUAUAGCUGAAAUUAAUAAUUCCAAUGAGGUUGAUGGUUCCCAUCGGCUGCAACAUCUAAAUAAUCAUAAUUAUCAGGAGCAAAAUGACAAUUUGCUCAGUCAUCAAAUUACAUCAAACAAUGGCGAACAAGAUUAUUCGCUAUCGAAGUCACAUUCAUCUGUCGACAUGAAUCAUAUGAUGCCCCCGACCACACUGAUGCAUCACCAUCAUCAUCAUAAUGUGCCUGUAUUUUCAUUAACUGCUGAUAAGCUGUUACAUGCAUCACGUAUAAGUUCACAGCCCAUCGAUAUACAAGAUCGAUCGUCAGUACUUAUAACAAAUCAACAACGAAAUUGUCGUUCUGUUGGCUCUUAUACAGAUAGCGAAGAAGAAGUUUGUCAUUCUACUCCAAUUCAAUGUUUUUCUAAUUCAGACUCUAACUUGACGUCAUUACAAAGUGGUGUUGGGCAUCAUCAUCAUCAUAUUAUGCAAAUGAAGACUUUACUAAGACCUGUAGUUCGUUAUAACUACAUUAUAAAUCAAAGAACCAUUACUCAUGGCCAAAAUUCACAAACAGGAGGAGAACAGCAGCAAAAGCCAAUACCCUCUUCUAGCGUCCUUAAAAGAACUCCAAAAGAUGAAAGCAGCAAAUGGAAAUUGAAAAUGUAUGGCUGGCAAAUACACAGUUAUGGUGGUGUGGAAGAGUUGCAAUUUACCGACAAAUUAAAAAUGCCACAACUAAAACAAGCCAAUGAAUGUCUGGUUAGAGUAACUACAACUACAGUCAAUCCCAUAGAUGUGGCCAUGUUAAAUGGUUAUGGAGCCACUGUUUUAAAUACCAUGCGUUGUCAGGGUAAUUCCAUAGAAUUUCCCUUGACUUUGGGUCGUGAAUUCUGUGGUAUUCUAGUGCAAAAAGGCAUGAAUGUGGAUAUACCCUUAGGGCAAAGAGUUUGGGGAGUGGUGCCCGUACAAAACACAAACGGAGCUCAUGCUGAGUAUGUAGCCGUAACCAAUCAAUGUCUUUCUCUAGCCCCUAAAAAUCUUAGUGAUGAAGAAGCAGCCUCAGUUCUAUAUGCUGGUCUUACCGCUUGGUCGGGUCUCUAUGUUACCGCCAAUAUAGGCGGUAUUUGUGGUGCCCUCACAGCCGAUGGUGGUGGUGGCCAAAAACGUAUUUUAGUUUUAGGCGGUUCUGGUAGUGUGGGUUCUUUGGCCAUACAAAUGCUUAAGGCUCAGGGCACACAAGUAGUAGCCACCUGUAGCGAAAAUGCCAAAGAACUGGUCAAGUCCCUAGGUAGCGAUGUUGUUAUAGAUUAUAACAAUCCCGAGGAAAUGUCUAAUUUGCGUUCCUUUGCUCUUUAUGAUGUUGUACUCGAUUGCAGUGGUCAGGGACCCCAGGGUGCAGAAUCCCUAAACUUUAACUAUAAACAAUAUGUAACCUUUUCAUCACCCCUUUUGAAAAAUAUCGAUAACAGCGGUUUGGGUUUGGGACUAUUGAAAAAUGUGGGCAGCAUAUUGGAAACUAACUUUAAAUCGGUAACCAAACAAAAUGGUUUAAUAAAAUGGGGUUUCUUCUCGCCCGCUCCUCAAGGUAUUGAAUUUCUAAAGAAAUUGGCCGAGCGUGAAAAGAUUUCUCCUUUAAUAGACAGUAGUUUUGAAUUUGAACAGUUGCCGGCAGCAUUUGAUAAAGUUAGCCAAGGUCAUUUGCGCGGAAAGGUUGUAGUUAAUAUUGAUUAAUGUUUAAUGUUUGUAUAAUUUAUGAUUUGUUAUGUUUAUUAAAUAUCGAAUUAAAUAAAUUAAAUUUGGUAAGAUAAA